ACAGGCAUCUGAGCAUGAGAUGGCAGGAGGGUUCCUGUGAUUCAGCUUCUCCCAGUUCUCCAAUAGGAACGCUGCCCAAGCUGCCAAUGCAGGGCAGGAAUAACAGAGUGUUCAACGUGGUGACAAUUUCCCAGCUCCCCAGGCUUUUUGCUUCUAGAGCUGAUGUUUGAAGCUGGCUCGUGCCCACACCAGUUGGAAAUCAUCACCAUCUGAGACCUGGUCCUAUAAUGCAAAAAAUUCUCCAAGACUCAUCUCAGAAGUGGCUACGAAGGCAGGGAGCACAGUGCAUACAACGGGAUCAUGGAAGGAAAGAGGGAGAGAAUUCGAUCUUUUGCUUCAAUGACAUCAUCAGCACACGGCAGAAGUUGGGAAAUGACACCUGUCCCAGAACACAGGAGCAUUUGGAAGUCAGGCUGGAGCUGGAGCUUGCAGCUCUGGCAGUCUCCUAGCAAGGGAACCUCCCUCGGUGCUCCGCCAGGGCCGCUCUGCUGUGUGUGACAUCACCAAGUGGAAAAUGGCAAUAGCACGCUAAAAUACAUUUGCACAAGGCAUGAGAUUGAGCACCAGAGUCUACAAAGAUGGAUUUUUCAGGAGAACGUGUCCCUGUCCAGCACAGUAAUUCAUCUUCAUCUAAUAAGAUAUAGAGCCCAGUCAAGCAUGCGUAAAUCAUUCCUUGUUUGUUCUCUUUGUGCUGGGCGUGGAUGGGAUUAGAGUGCUUUGGACACUGUUUAUGUCAAAGAGGAGAAGUGUUGCAGUGUGAAGAUAAAGAAGGAGAAUGCUCCUUUGCUGCAGGCAAAGUGUGCACCUCCAUCAGUUUGCAGUCUGCUUCAAACAGCAAGUAGUGUUUGGGAGAGCAGAAUACUAAUUGUAGAAAAGAAUUAACAAACAAUGUUCUGUACGAGUUGAGAAGUUCUGACAGUGCCCUUCAGUGAAAAACACCAGCCUCCAAAGUGGACUGAGGGAGGAGCUCCUCGGCAGAAAUCCCAGCUCCUCAGUUCUUUGCUGGCUGUGUUGCUCACUUAUGGUGAACUUGGGCUUUCUCCCUGAACUCAGUGUGGCUCAGCCUUCCCAGAGCCUCCUGCAUGCCCUGAUCUCCUGUGUGUCCAGAGCAGUGGCCCUUGAGUCGUUUGCAGACUCUGGGGAGAUAGUUACAAAUGGGUGAGUUGUUAGAGCGUCACAGUCGCCGUGGUGUGCCAGAGAUAUCGGCUGUGCUCCCCCUGCUGCACUGAAGGAUGGCAGGAGCAUCUCUUCCUGUGCACAAAUCCAUAUAAUCACAGAUGCCUGUGACACUUCAGAAGCAGGUAGUGGGCAGGGAGCUGCAUCCAGAUUAUUUCAUGUGAAUCCCCUGAGUUGUCCAGCUGCCUCUGUGCCCUCUCCUGCAGAGUUUGUGGCUCAGGAGCAGGCACGACGUGCAAGAGCUGUGGCACACCAUGGCUAAAUGAAAUUAAGUGGUAAGGCUGACAUGCCAAAGCAGCAUUUUCCAGGCACAGCUCCUAGGAAACUUGACAGGGAAUUGCAUACAAUAUUUGUGGCAUUAUAAAGUGUUAUAAUUCACUGCUAUUAUAUGACCACCAGCUGCUAGCUUAAACCUACUAUAAUUUCUGCUCUAGAGCAACCAAGCUGAAAGGUAGAAUUCAACUCCUUGUGAUGGUAGUCCCCUUUUUCAUAUAUUUGCACAAUAUCUAGUGCAGUGGGGCACUGUUAACAAUAGGAAGUUUUAGCUUUUAAUUUUAAUCUUCAGUCUGUCUGGGUUAGCAUUUGCCUUUAAGGUGACUUAACAUUUUGCAUGUAAUUACAGUCUCUGGAUCUUCGAAAAGAACUGUUUCUCUUGAGUUUUCUGAGUGGAAUAAAAUACACUUAUUAGCCUGUAACCUUUUUUAAAUCCCUCUCCCAUAUGGUAUUCAUGUGGCAUCACAUAUAACAAUAUAGGAUAAUAACCUGCAUAAUAUGGGCUAUCAUGAAUAUUGAUGAACAGGGUAAUUAAGAUCUCUGUGCAUGGUGCAUGAUUACAUAUGGGCAACCUAUUGACGAAAUUUCUUAAGAUUAAAUCAAAAUAAUACAUGAUAAACAUAAGAUAUUAUCUGAUAUUUCAAUCCAUUUCAUGUUUGGGGAGAAGUGAAAUAUUAAUAAGUAGAAAGAUCUGGUAUUCAAAUUAAUUCUAGCAGGAAAGAAAACAAUUUCACCCUUUUUUUUCUUUACCUGUUGACUUGUGGGACAGAUGACAAGCUGAUAUGUUUCCCUGGAGGCUAACAUCUUAUGUUCCAGAAUACAGGCUUUCAUUAAAAAAGGAUGACUUGUGAGGAGAUGUUCAUAUUCAUGUGAACAGAGUGCAGGUGCUCAUCUUCUCUAGUGCCUACAGACAGCCUGAAACGACCAGCGUGACAAACAAACCACAGCUGAAGCAGCCGAUAGCAACUCCAGCAUCAGUGACCAUACCUUCGGUAAAGCUCUGUGGAAGAUAGAUGUGUGUGCUGCAAUGGUGACAUAAACAUGUCAGAGGACUGGAACAAGUUGUUGAGAAUCUGUGUUUGUUUUUCAUGCUGCUGUUGAGAGCUAUCUAAGGCAAGUAAACACCAUGAGUUUUCUCCUGAAACUUCACAGACAUUUUCAAAGAACAGUCAUUUUGCUGGCCACUUUUUGUAUGGUGAGCAUAGUUAUUUCUGCCUACUACUUGUAUAAUGGCUACAAAGAGGAAAAUGAACUUCCUGAAACCUCUUCAGAAGUGGAAUGUGGUGAUCCUCAGGCGUUGCCAUACAAGCUGAUGGAGAUGAAGACCACGAAGCCUGUCGAUCCCCUGAGGACAGACCUGGUAGUGCUGGUGUUUGUGGAAAGCCAGUACUCAACCUUAGGCCAAGAUAUAAUAACCAUUCUGGAGUCUAGCAGGUUUCAGUUUCACCUUGAGAUUGCAUCUGGGAAAGGUGACCUCCCAGUGCUUACAGACAAAACCAGAGGCAAAUACGCUCUCAUAGUGUAUGAAAAUAUUCUGAAGUACGUGAAUAUGGACUCUUGGAACAGAGGCCUUCUGGAUAAGUACUGCCUGGAGUACGGCGUAGGUGUGAUCGGAUUUCACAAAGGCACUGAGAACAGCUUGCAGAGCUUUCAGUUGAAGGGUUUUCCUUUCCAUGUCCACAGCAAUCUGGGUGUUCAGGACUGUUGCAUUAACCCUCAUUCCCCACUGCUCCAUGUGACCAAACCUUCUAAGCUUGAGAAAGGGCCCUUGCUUGGAAAUGACUGGGCCGUUUUCCAGAUUAAUCACACAACUUAUCAGCCAGUGGUAUUUGCAAAAGUAAAGGCACCAGAAAACCUUUCUCCACCUGCUGCUCCAAGUGCUCUCUAUGCCACAGUCAUACAUGACUUGGGGCUCCACGAUGGCAUUCAACGAGUCCUUUUUGGCAAUAACUUGAAUUUUUGGCUGCACAAGCUGAUUUUCAUAGAUGCCAUCUCUUUCCUGUCUGGAAAGAAACUCACACUCUCCUUGGAUAGGUACAUUCUGGUUGACAUAGAUGAUAUCUUCGUUGGCAAGGAUGGAACAAGGAUGAACACCAACGAUGUACAGGCCCUGCUUGAUACUCAGAAUCUUUUGAGAGCCCAGAUUACAAAUUUUACUUUCAACCUGGGAUUUUCAGGAAAAUUCUAUCACACGGGGACUGAGGAGGAGGAUGAGGGUGAUGACCUGCUGCUGAGAUCUGUGGAUGAGUUCUGGUGGUUUCCCCACAUGUGGAGUCACAUGCAGCCACAUCUCUUCCACAAUGAGUCCUCACUGGUGGAGCAGAUGAUCCUCAACAAAAAGUUUGCCUUAGAGCACGGUAUUCCAACUGACUUGGGCUAUGCAGUGGCUCCACACCACUCUGGAGUCUACCCAGUACACGUUCAACUUUAUGAUGCCUGGAAAAAGGUCUGGAACAUCAGAGUUACCAGCACAGAAGAAUACCCACAUCUGAAACCUGCAAGGUAUAGACGAGGCUUCAUCCACAAAAACAUCAUGGUGCUUCCUAGGCAAACUUGCGGCCUAUUCACGCACACCAUUUUCUAUAAAGAGUAUCCUGGAGGUCCAAAGGAAUUAGACAAAAGUAUUCAAGGAGGAGAGUUGUUCUUCACAGUGGUUCUCAAUCCAAUCAGCAUCUUCAUGACACACUUGUCCAAUUACGGCAACGACCGCCUGGGCUUGUACACCUUUGUGAAUCUGGCCAACUUCGUUCAUACCUGGACAAACCUGAAACUGCAGACCCUCCCCCCAGUCCAGCUGGCUCACAAGUACUUUGAGCUAUUCCCUGAGCAGAAGGACCCUCUUUGGCAGAACCCCUGUGAUGACAAACGGCACAGAGAUAUCUGGUCUAAGGAAAAAACCUGUGAUCGCUUACCAAAAUUCUUGGUUGUAGGACCCCAGAAAACUGGUACUACAGCCUUGUAUUUGUUCCUGAUCAUGCAUCCUUCCAUCAUUAGUAACUCCCCCAGCCCAAAAACCUUUGAGGAGGUACAGUUCUUUAAUAGAAAUAACUACCACAGGGGGAUUGAUUGGUACAUGGAUUUCUUUCCCACUCCUUCUAAUGUCACCACUGACUUCCUCUUUGAGAAGUGCCAAAAAAGUGCCAACUAUUUCCAUUCUGAGGAAGCUCCCAAGAGAGCUGCUUCCCUCAUCCCCAAGGCCAAGAUCAUCACCAUCCUCAUCGACCCGUCCGACCGCGCCUAUUCCUGGUACCAGCAUCAGCGAUCCCACGAAGACCCUGCAGCCCUGAAAUUCAGCUUCUAUCAGGUGAUCACAGCUGGCCCUCGAGCCCCCUCUGAGCUCAGAGCUCUCCAGAAGAGAUGCCUGGCACCUGGAUGGUAUGCUACCCACAUUGAAAGAUGGCUCACUUACUUCCCACCUUACCAGUUGCUCAUUAUUGAUGGACAGCAGCUGAGAACUGACCCAUCUACUGUAAUGGAUGAAGUGCAGAAGUUUCUGGGAGUCUCUCCUCAUUAUAAUUACUCUGAAGCCCUCACGUUCGAUUCACAUAAAGGAUUCUGGUGUCAGCUCUUGGAAGAAGGAAAAACCAAGUGUCUGGGAAAGAGCAAGGGCAGAAAAUACCCUCCUAUGGAUUCUGAGUGCAGGGCCUUUCUGUCGAGCUACUACAGAGAUCACAACGUGGAACUGUCAAAGCUCCUCCACAAACUGGGACAGCCCCUGCCAUCGUGGCUGAGACAGGAGCUCCAGAAAGUGAGAUAGCAUUGGAAAAGAGCUUCUUGAAAUGUCCUUCCACACUUCAGUCAUCAUAUCUGAGCUUUCCAGCAGCUACCAGAAGGUCUUGUAAGAUAUACCUCUUAAAAAAAGUGUAAAGGAUAGAAAUUAUUUCCAUAUGCUGGCAUGUGGAUUGUAAAAAUACAUGUGUUCCUUAGAGCUCUGGUGGGCCAAAUCUCUCUCAUAAACAUUUCUGGGCCUGUGGACUUGUGGACUACUGUGCACAUAUGUGAAAGUUAUUUACAACUGGUUUAAGUGUCAGAGAUACAUGACCUGUCCAAUCUCACAGUAAAUAUUCACAUUUUUAUCUAUCAGUUUUAAAGUAUUGUGUCUCAUGUAGGUUUUGUAGCCCUUUGUUGGACCACUGGCAGUUUUUUCUUAUAGAUUUGAUUAUGGUGUUGCAUAGGAUAAGAUAAUGUAGCACAAAAUGCCCAGAGUCCUUCUUGCCUUUGGAAUCAGCUUGCUAAUGCCCAAAGUACGUGCAAACACAGGGGAGCAGUACAGUUAUCAUGUAUCAUUUGGCUGUGCAUGGCAGCAAAUGCACCCUCAGGCAACAUCUGCAAUCCACAGGUGUAGAAAGAAAACCAAACAGAAAGAAGCCAAACAGAACCUGCGAUUUUAUCUGGUAACAACAGACAGUGUGGGAAGGGCCGGUUCAUAUGUCUGAUUUUUGUACUGACUGAGAUGUGAAUUACCUGAGCAGAAAUGUGAUUGGCUGUGUGAAGCACACAGGUUGCAGUAUUAAACAAUUGUGACCCAAACUGGAGGAAUACAAAGAAGAGGUUUCCACUCCUGCGAGCAGCCAGAGCCGAACAAUGCUCUCUGGGCUUACCCUGCUCUGUAACUCUGCACUCUCACUUCAGGAGUGACUCCACUGACAUGAACGAAAAACUCAUAAAAAGCAGAAACAGAUCCUUACUUUUAUUGCCUUAAUUUGCACCACUGUUUUUUCCUUAAUUUAUUUGCCUUUAACCUAUGCUUUUCCCCCCUCAGCCUCAUCAAAAUCGUAGCAUCUUUCUGCAGCCUUCAGAUGACACCAGCUGCAAAAAUUACCCAGAUUUCCAGAUGAAAAUACCAGUUCUGUUUCCAGAUACAUUAAACAUGUUUGGUAUUAAAUAUUAGGAAAAAGCUUUAGAGGGGGACAAAAAUAAACACCGUGUGUAGUCAUGGUAGAAAAUGACUACUCAAAUCAUGGGAAAACAUAAAUAUCCACCCUUGCAGGCUGAUGUUUAUGUGGUAGUUCUCAACAAUACAUCUCUCAAGGCAUCAGUGUGGAUGCAAGAUCAGGUCUAAGCAGUAGUGCUUGGAAGUUGAGGAGGAUCACUGGAAACUUCAGCUAAGUGUGGCCUUAAUGCUCCUCACUGAACUUUGGCUCUGAGUGUUUCUAAAGGCAUGAAGGAUUUGUGAAAACAAAUAAGAACUGCAGUACUAAAUACAAGGCUUUAUACAGGAGCUGUGUAAUGUUUUCAUCGUUUGUUUCAGGGUGAAUACUUAAAAACAUGCAUCAGAUGGUGGAAAAACUUCCUAAUGUCUCAGUGCUGUUUUACGACAUUUAUGUAAUCAUGCAAUUUAACUUGCAAGGUAAUGGAAUGGAAACCAGU